AUGACAAUGAUUUCUGAUUCUCAACUAACAAUAUCUUCGACUGAUCAAUCUCAACUAUCUUCAUUAUUAUCAGAUUUUUCCUUUUUUAUUCAUCAACCACCUGAUCGUAUUGAUCUCAUUGAUCGUACUUGUUCAGUAUGUUUACAAUUAUUAACACGUGUACCAUCGGCAAGAGAAGCUAUAUUUGAUUAUUUAAAUACUAUUCUUAAUAUUAGUGUGCAUUGUUAUAUACAAAAAGAAGUUGUUGUUGCUACAAGUGUUACUGAUCUUCUAAUACAAAUUGAAUCAAAAUUAACAUCAUUAGCUAAACAGACAAAUGCCUGGGCAAAUAUACUGGCACAAUGGUCAAUUGAUCAACUAUAUCAUAUGACAAUGCGUUAUUCAACUGAACAAAGUGUAAAAGAUUGUAAAACUCGAGAAGAUCGAAUUAAUUUAUGGACAUCUUGUCAAGCAACAAUGACACUAAUUAAAAUAGCAUCUGCUUGUAUUUUAAAUGAUUCUGUUGCUGCUGAUAAUGCGAUUAAUAAAUUUCUUGAAGCAUCCAUAUUAAGUCGGCCAGCAUUCGAAUGGGUUACCGUUAGUCUAAGUUUACGUUGUGGUCAUCUAUUAAUAUCACGUUUAAUUAAUUUGAGUUUAGAAGAAAUAAGUCAACCACAUUAUGUAAGAAAUGUACCGAGAAUAUUUGCAGUCUGGUCAUCAUUAGAAGUAAUUGCUGAACAAGAACCACAAUUAUUUAAUCAAGCACUCAUGGAACAAAUACAGAAUUUAUUACAAUCAACAGAAUUUUCUAAACAAACAAAUAUCUCAGCAUUAAUCAAAAUGACCGCUGUUGUUACUGAUCCAUUAUGUGAUCUUGUCUAUUAUUCAUUAUACAAAUGUUUAAAUACAUUAACAUUAAGAAAAUUGUGUGCCAAAAUGAAACAAGGAAUGAAUACUGAACAAAUUGACACAUUAGCAAAAGAAUUUAUAUCCGGUUUGAUGCGAAUACGUACAGAUUCUUUUCAUAUUUUACAAUUUAUUAUAAAUUUAAUUGGUGCAGAUGAUGAUGUUGAACAACAACGUGAUACAGAUGAAAUUGAAUUAACGUUACGUG